UCAGUAUCGAGGAUUACUUCGUGCGGGGGACUUCACGUAAAAUGUUUGAAUGAAAUGAAGUACAUGCAGCCAAGAAAAUGUUAACGUAAAAGUGUAAAAAUGGGUGACUCUAGCUCGGAGUCGGAGGGUGAGGAAUAUUCGGGGAUCAAGCAACCUACCUUGCUACAGCAGAUCAAAACUAUUCUUGAUGAAUACAGGAAUGAUGUUCAAAUUAUCAAGGAGCUCGUUCAGAACGCUGAUGAUGCCGAGGCAACAGAAAUGGGUAUACUUUACGAGGGGAAAACAAACGCCGAGGACAGGACUGCAGGGCUAAAGUAUGGAAAGUUCUUUAAGACACCGGCCCUCAUUUUCUACAAUGAUGCCAAGUUUACAGACGCAGAUUGGGAUGGAAUUAAAGCUAUUUACAGCAGCGUAAAAAAGGACAAUCCAUUGAAAAUUGGUCGAUUCGGUCUUGGAUUCAAGUCUGUUUUUCACAUGACUGAUAAUCCAUGCAUAAUAAGUGGUGAAAAGGCGUUGUUUAUUGAUCCACUUGAAAGUAAGCCUGACAAUGUUUGUGCUAUGAUGAAUAUUGCAAAAUGGAAAAAAUCAAAAUUCCGAGGUUACUUCAAUAUUUUGAAAGACACAUUUGGAUUUUCAGAAGAAUCAGUUAAUACAGGAGAGUUUCAAGGAACCAUGUUUCUGUUUCCACUUCGACAGAAAAUUUCCAAUCUGUCAGAUGAUAUUUAUGGCGAAAAAGAGGUCUUAUCACUAUUUCAGGCAUUUAUCAGUGAAUCAAGAAGAAGUCUGCUGUUUCUUAAUAGAUUGUGCAGUGUAAAAAUGUACGUGAACCUGCCUUUUGAAGAAGGCAUUUCUCCAUCUAAACGCAGAAAACUUGACAAAGAAGAGAAUACUGCAGAAGGGAGUCCUACCGCUAUUAAAAGAAUGAACUUUGGUAAACACAAAACAUUCUACAUUGUUGAAAUAGACAAUAAAACAAAUGACUUGAUAGGGAAAAGGACUGCUUGUUUGAAUCAAUUAAAGGAGAAUGGACUUAAUGUCCCUGAUAAAACCAUGUGUUGGAAAUACGACGUGACUGUAAAGACAAAAAUGAUAAACGAAAGUAACAUAUGCGAAACAGCUGAAGCUAGGUGGUUGAUAGUAAGUGUUCUGAAAGGUGGAGGUGUUGCCGACAGAACAAAGACCUUAAUGAAAGACGACGAUUUAAAAUACCUUCACCUAGUUGGUCUUGCAGCACCAAUACAUGAGAACAUCGACUACAAAAAUGAUGAUGGUCAUAUAUUUUGUUACCAGCCACUUCCUCAAGACAUCUCAUCUGUAACCAAACUUCCAGUGCAUUUAAAUGCAUUUUUUGCUUUAAGUCAAAAUAGGCGUCAAGUUAGGUGGCCAGACAAAGACGACGAUGCCCAAGCCCAAGGUGACAAGAAAAUUGAAUGGAAUCUUAGACUUGCAGCAGAAAUGUUUCCACCGGCUUACUUUGAAUUAGUUAACGGGCUAGUUGAAGUAAGCAAGCAAGAAAAGAAUACAAAACCUCUUAUUCAGGCUGUAUAUAAUUCAUUUCCAAACUUGGAAGAAGUUGAAUUACAAUGGAAAGAUAUGGCGGAAAAGUAUAUUCUUUUAAGCAAAGAUCAGGCUUUAUUGUACACAAAAGCAGGUGGCGGUAAAUGGAUCAAAGUAAAAGAUGCAAUAUUUGUAGACUUCAAACCAUAUCCUGAUACAACAAGGUGUGAAAGCACUAUUCUAGAUCUCUUACUUACAGAUAAUGUUCAGUAUGUUACAACUCCUGAACAUAUGACAAAAUCACUGAAGUCUGUUUUCUCAGACCUAAAGUUUGUCACACCAGCAUACAUAAGAUGCCAUUUGACACAACACAAAUCCUACUUGAACCUUACUUUUGAUAAGAAGCAAGACAUUCUUCAUUUCAUUAUGCUCGACCUCCAAUAUAAUUCUUUGGAUGAUUUGAAAUUGCUUCCUUUGGCAAAUAAUUCAUUUGAGUCAUUUUCAACCAACAAAUCCAUAUUUUUUGAAGAACAAGGCAUUAUUGAUCUCUUUCCUGGGAAAGAAGCAGAAUUUGUGUCAGCUAAAGUUAGACCAGAAAUAAGAGAACUAUUAUACAAGCUGAUUACUGACAAAAACGUUGCAUGCGUUCAAAGGUUGACAGAAGAAGAUAUGGUCAAGAUGUUGAAAUAUGCAACGAACUGUAAAAAUGAAAUAGUAGCACCGCUUGAAAGCAAGGAUAAGUGGUUAUCGUGGGUAAGAGCUAUUUGGGAAGUACUUAAAACUCGGUUCAAUUUAAAGUUGGAUAUGUUUAGUGAACUCCCAAUAUUUCCUAUUGUGCUAGAUUACGAGUUUGUAGAACAAAAACGUAUGUGUCUGUUUUCUCUGAAAGCGAAUAUUUUGUAUAUGUCAUCACUUAGACAGUUAGAAGGAAGCAAAGAAAUCUAUAGAUGUAUGAACUACCUAGGUGUUACUGUUACAGAUAAUGUACCUGAUUGGUUAGAUUACAAUCUUAUACGUACAUAUUUGCCAGAGGACAACAGCCAAGGUCUUAUUUCUGUUUUCUCAAAAAUAGAUGAACUACAUGCUAAUAGUUUCAACACAAAAUCAAGUGAAAAUGCAGCUACGCUUUUGAAGUUCGUUUCAAGUAGAAUACUUUCAAAUUUAACUACUAGUGGUGUUGCAGUAUUCAAAAUGCUGAAACUAUUCCGUGGUUACACCAAAAAGGAUGAAUGGCAAGUUGUUUCGCUCAAUCAAUGUAACAAAUUGUAUGUUGGCAAAACGAUUCCUGUACGUUUUCCAGAAAGAUUGAUAAAGAUAGAGUCUGAAACAGAGGUUUCAUUUGCAAAACGUCUCCAAAUAAAAACAUUAACUGAAACUGAUGUCAUUUUAAAGACAUUGGAGCAAAUCAAGAAUUAUCAAGCUGAAGAGAAAAAGAUAUUGAUGUAUUGGAUAAUGGAACAAAAAGCACUUUUUUGCCAAGACAAAAUUUUCAGUAGGAUGAGAGACAUAGAGUUUAUACAGGCCUCGGAUGAUUUAUUCUACAAACCAUCUGCUUUGUUUGAUCCAACUGAUCAGAAAUUGAUCGAUUUGUUUAGCGAUCAAUCGGUUUUUCCAGAUUUGGAGUCUAGUCAAGACUUCCAAUAUAUCGCAAAUUUGAAAAAACUUGGUCUUAAGUCUAGGGACCAAGUGACAGGCCAAGAUUUAGAAAAUAUAUGUUCAAGCCUUCAUGGAACGACCAAUUUUGAUGAAAAGCAGUGUCGGGCACUUCUCGUCGUAAUGAAUGAAAAAAGUGAGUUACUUGUCACAUGUAACAUAUCAAAGAAGUGUUGCAUUUUAGUAGAAAAAGUUGCAGAUGGUAAUUAUCCAACUUGCGUACCACAGAAAAAUGUGGAACCACCAACACUUUGCUCACCAGUAGAUAUUAAGUCUAAAGAGUACAUGCAUUUAGUAGGCUCGACAAUGUACAUGUUGGAUUGCAAGUUGUUGCAAAAUUUAUCUCUGAAAUUUGGAUGGCAGAAACAGCCAUCUGCCUCUAAGGUUGUUGAACAUUUAUAUAAUAUUGUUUGCCAUUUCCGUUUGGAAAUGAAAUCAGAGUGCCUGUCUAUGAUAACCAAAGUGUAUCAAUGGUUAGCCGAAUAUGAAGGUCUCGAUAUCAAGGACAUCUUUGAGAGACAGUUUGCGUCAAACAAAAGAUAUAUUUGGUUUGGAAAAGGAUUCGAAGAUCCAAAUCAUAUUUAUAUUGAAGACAUGGCAACAGAUAUAGAUUUAGAACCAUUAUUAUAUAAACUUCCUAGUGAAGUAAACAGUCUUCGAAACUUUUUUGUUCGGAUAGGUUGCCAGGAACGUCUUAAUUUCGAUUUGUACCUAGAUUGUUUGUACAGAAUAAAAGAAGAAAGUGAGUCACAGUCAGUAAGUAUCCCACACCAGAUGAAACUACGUAAAUUAGCUGUUGCAAUACUAAAUAAAAUUCAAGAAGAUUUCAAGGAUGAAUAUGUCAAAAGCAAGAAAGAUCUGUACUUCCCAGUUAAAUGUGAGCAGACAUUAAUGUUAAAACCAACAAAACAGUGUACAUUUUGUGAUGCACAGUGGCUAGAGGAUAUAGAGAUCGGAGACGAGGAAGAGAUCUUUUAUGUUCACCCAGAUGUACCGAAUUUAACUGCAGAGACACUAGGUGUACCGUCAUUGCGACAACAAAUGCUGUCCAACGCAGAAGCAUUUGAAGAUUGGGGCCAAGAGGAACCAUUGACAAGGCGUAUAAGAAACUUGCUUGAUGACGGAUAUCUUGAAGGUUCUAUUGCUAAAGAAUUGUUUCAGAACGCCGACGAUGCCGGGGCCAAUAAAUUACAUAUUUUACUUGAUGAGAGGGAAAAUAAUGACUAUAAAGUACAGCUUAUUAGUGAUGGCAUGGCGGAAUGUCAGGGUCCAGCUGUUUGGGUGUUCAACGAUGCACAAUUCACUGACGAGGACUUAAAAAACAUAACAAAAUUAAGUGGAGGAACAAAAGGAAACGACUCAACAAAAAUUGGCAAAUUUGGACUUGGAUUUUGCUCUGUCUACAAUUUAACUGAUGUGCCAAGUUUUGUUUCAAGAGAUAAUGUUGUGAUAUUUGAUCCACAUACAAGCUAUCUUGGAAAAGCCUUAUCUGGUAAAAGUCCUGGUCUAAAAAUUAAUUUUAAAGUAUCGAAAAAUCUUAAGAUGAUGAAGAAAAUGAAAAAUCAAUUUAAACCGUUUGAGAACGUAUUUGGAUGUAAGCUUACAAAUGAUGUAGCACCAAAAAUAGACGGAACACUGUUUCGGUUACCACUUCGAAACAAGGGAAGCGAUAUAAGUGAUGCAGUUUACACACAAAGUAAAGUGAAAAGAAUGUUUAACAAUAUCAUGUCAGUAGCAGCUAAUAUGUUGCUUUUUAGUCAAAAUGUCACUUCUGUUAAGUUAUUUUACCUUUCGAAAAGCGAGAAGAAUCCUUUGGAAAGCAAACUGCUAUUUCAAGCAUGCAAAGAUUCAAAAUUGUUGUCAGAUACAAAUGUGACUGGGUCAUUUUUGAAAGAAGCUUCAAGACGGAAACAGCAAAAAGAAUUAUCCGACAAUCCGAUUUCAUCAGUAGAAAAUGUGAAGAUAAAUGUCAAAACGCAUGCCAUUUUUGACUUGAAUAGCGGUGGCAGUUUAAAAGCAGAUGGCCAAGAAACAAAAAGUGACUGGCUUCUAAGCUGGGCAACAGGAACUGAAGAAAAGAUGGUACAACAAAGUUAUGAAGAAAAGGGUGCAAUCAAUCUUGGAGCAAUAGCUGUGCCAGUGACAUUGAAUCACAGGCAAUGUAACAAAAUAGCCAUAGAAAAAUGUGGUUUUAACAAUCUUCCAUAUGGAUUUUAUGACAAGGGACAUUUAUUUUUCUUUCUGCCUUUGCCAAUUGGUCAUAAAUUUCCAUUUCAUAUCAAUGGGCAAUUUGCUGUUUCUGCAUGCAGACAGCAAUUACAUCAGUCGGCGGAAGAUGACGGAAGUCGAAAAAAAAGAGUUUGGAAUGAAAACAUUCUUAAAGAUCCAGUGACGCAUGCUCUUUUGAAUUUACUCGAAGGAAUAAAGCCAUUAUAUGAUCUUAAGCAAUGGAAGUUUUUUGACCUCUGGCCAAGAAAUGAACAAGAUCAAAUGUUGAAAUAUUUACAACAAUCCUUCUACAACAAAAUUACAAUCCCUUAUUCACACAACCUGUUUGAAAGGAAUGGACAGUGGUUUGAUAUCUCAAAAACCCUUUUUCUUGAUAUGGAGUUCCGGAAGUCAGAAAUAGGUCCUUUAGCAUUCGAAGUCUUAUCGUCGUUACAACAGUUUCUUAUAGAUAUACCUGAUGACAUAUACAGGUCAUUACUAGAAGCUAACAAAACACUCAUCAAGGAAAGAACCGUUACUGAGGAGCAAUUUUUCCUCCAAUUUUUCUUCAGAAACUUGGGAAGCUUUGAAGAAACAAGUGAAAAAAGGAAUACAAUUUUGAAAUAUGCAAUAAUGAUUUCCGAAGACAAUCCUUCAAUAGAAAACUGGUUAAAAUCAAAUGAAUGCAUACCAUCUUUACCGCACCAGGUCCUUAAAAAGCCUUGUCAUUUAAUCAAUCCUAAUUCUGCGUUAGCAAAACUUUUUUGUAAGAAUGAUGGACGUUUUCCAAGUGAAACCUUUUCUAAAAAAAAACUUUUAGGACCAUUAGAAGAUCUGGGUUUAUUAAGUAAGUUCCUGUCAGAUGACAUUGUUUGUGACCGAGCCCAGUCAAUUCAAAAUUUGAGCAGCUCUUGCAUUCAUUGUGCAUUCGUACGGACCGAUCACUUCCUGACAUAUAUUUGUGAAAACUUCUCAAAACACAAGGGAACAUAUUCUAAAAUGCAGGAUAUACCAUUUGUUCCUGUUAAACGUAAGCCUGAUGACUGGCCAUUUAAAUGGUAUUCAGAAGGUGAAGAACAUAGUAAAAACUUGGUGCUAUGUGAUAAGCAUUCAUUAACCGAUAAGGCAAACAGACAGUUUGCUUUUUUCACAACUGCUCCAAAUCUUUUUUACAGUGAGUGUAGAGACAUUGUCGGAUGCGUUGCGCUUGUAUUUGAGGAGAGCGUGAGCCGAGUUUCUGACGGAGACAUACUAAAACAAUUUCUCUCAGAGAUAGGCAUGAAUGGACUGCCGGUAGAAAAAGUGGAACAUAGCGUUGUUAUAAAUCAGCUUAAAACUGUGGCGACAUUAAACAGUACAACAGAGAUGUCGGCAACUAACGAUGAUAUAAUUGGCAGAAUUUAUAAACACUUAGAUGAUUCAUGCAAGUCCGCCAAUGUCAUACAGAUAGAACAACAGUUAAAAGAUAUUCGAACAGUGUAUGUAUCAAAAUAUGUAUCAAAAUGUUUCGUUUCCCCUAGACAUGUCGCAAAGAAUGUUAUAAGAGACUGUAAGCCGUAUCUCUUUCAUCUUGCAGAUUCACCUCUACAAUUCUGUCCACACUUAAGCAAUACUCUUGGAGUUGCUGAUAGCUUUAAAGCACUUGAUUUGGCUCUCUUUGUCCAAGACGUUAAACUUAAAAAUAAAAAUUCUCAGUUAGAACCUUUAGAGGUCAAUGCUAUUAUCAAUAUUCUCAAAUGUCUUAUUGAUGCUGUUGGAUGGGACUUAGAUAGUAUUAUGAGUGACGAGUUGGAAGCAAUAUUUGCACCUGAUGAAAAUGGCAUAUUGCGAGACUGUAAAGAAAUGUGCUUUAAUGAUUUUAAAGAUAUUGAAAAAAGUGAAACCAUGAUUUACGCGCAUAAUGAAAUUACUGCUAAUUUAGCAAGGCAUCUUGGUAUAAAACCAAAGGCAGUUCAGAAUUUAGAGAACCAUUCGGAAGACAUUACAGAUUUUUAUCAAGACGAGCCUUUAGUAACGCGUUUAAAAAGGCUUGUUGAGGGAUACCCUCUUGAUAUUGGUAUAUUCAAGGAACUUUUACAAAAUGCAGACGAUGCAAAUGCAACUGAAAUAGUCUUCCUCAAAGAUUAUGACUCGCACCCUAAAACGAAUAUAGCAGAUGCAAAGUUUAUACCCUUACAAGGACCGGCGCUUUGUGUUUAUAACAACAGUGCUUUUUCAAACGAAGAUUUGAAAGGCAUACAGAAAUUGGGUAGAGGAAGUAAGGCUGAUGAUCCGUCGCAAACAGGACGCUAUGGCGUUGGUUUUAAUGCAGUUUAUAAUUUAACUGACGCUCCUUCAUUCUUCACUAAAGGUGGAGACAUAGAAAACGGUGAAACAAUUUGUUUCUUUGAUCCUCUUGCUAAAUAUAUUCCAAAUGUAACCAGACAAAAACCCGGGAAACGAUAUAAGAAUGUUGAAUCAAUAAGAUGCCACCAUAAUGAUAUGAUGAAAGGCUACCACGAAGCAUAUUUUCAUAGCGACAAAGUUACAGUUUUUCGUUUCCCUCUGAGAACUGUCAAAAUGGCACAAUCAUCAGAUAUUAAAGAUGAACCAAUCGGUGUUGAAGAUGUUUCGGCUCUCUUAGACACCUUUUGCAAUGAACUUGGAGAAAUUGUACUGUUUUUGAGAAACAUAAAAACCGUACGAGUAGCAUCACAUCAAUCAGGAAAAUAUGUUGAAGAUUUUUCUGUCACGUUACAAUUUGAACAAGAUGGCGAACUUCAAAAGAAUAAAGCUAUGCUUCAUUAUUCAAAUAUGUGCAGAGAUAUGAAGACCGACAAAAAAAUAGUUUUAACAUCAAAACAACAUUUAUACUUGUAUCAGCUAACUGCUUCAGAAUAUAAAAAGGGGCAUACUAAUGAGAAAAAAUAUAUAAUUGUUCAAUCGCUCGGUUUCAAGAAUCACCAGACAUUGCCAGAUUUACUAAGACAAUCAUUUCUUAAUGACAAAAUUGGCCUGGCGCCUUAUGGCGGCGUUGCAUUAUUCACGGGACACAAUAGUUCCUUAUGGGACUUUGAUAGCAAAAAGAGCUGCAAAGCAUUUUGUUUCUUACCACUUCCAAUAGAAACUAACUUGCCAGUUCAUAUACAGGGAUAUUUUUCGCUUGAUCACGAAUCAAGACGAACCUUAUGGAAAUCGGAUAUGACAGACAAAUGUUAUCGUACAUUAUGGAACAAUGUUUUGAUUGAAUCCGUUAUUGCACCCGCUUAUGUCAAAAUGCUUGAGUACAUCAAAGGAAAGAUGUUUUAUGACAUUACAGGGAAAAGACAAUUAUCUUCGACAGUGACAUAUUUAACAUUUAAGUACCAGUCUCUUUUCCCAUGCAACGCAAAAGGUGAUUACUGGGAACAUCUAAUGCGGAGUGUGUACAAGGAGCUUGUCUUGAACCACAUACCCUUUCUGCCAUCUCUAGCUACUACGUAUACAAGAUAUGGGUAUUCUAAAAAUGUGAUGAAAGAAACUGAACUAGCAUGGACACCAUAUAAGGAUGUUGGUCAUCAAUUUACAUCUUAUGCUAUGCCGGAAUCAGACAUUUAUGAAGAAGAUAAUACUAAGUCUGAUUUCAAUAAUAUACUGAGACGCAUAGGAAUGAAGAUUGUUUUUAUCACAGACAAGAUGCAAAUGUCCAUGCGCCAGUCUGGAAUAGAGAUAGACUGCAUCAAUCCUGCCAUUGUAGUUGAUUUUCUUUGUUCUUUCAAUGACACCGCAGCUGAUAAAUGCAAGAUAGAAACCGAAAUAGAUGUAAAAAACUCCGUGUUGAUCUCUAUCAAAGAUGCAGCAAUUAUUUUAGAGUUUUGUUUGAAGAACAAGGAGUAUGUAUUUGAAAAGCUACCAAAAAUUCCAUUAAUGAUUACACAUGAUAAUAUUGUUCAUACCCUGCCGGAGAAUCACAGGUUUUACAUAUUAAAUGAAAGGUCUGGUCGAUUUAGUGACCUUUUUCCAACAAAAAAUCAUGUUUUUCUAUCUGGACCGAUCGCCUUUUUGCUGUGUUUUACAUUCAAGUCGGAAUUAAAUCGUAUAUGGUCGUUACAACCAUUUGGAAUGCACGAAUUUGCCUCUCUUGUACAAGAAACAGGGAUAAUCAAUACAACACAACAAUCUGUUGUUUGGAAACACGAAAGGCCAAGUGUUGAAUGGAUUAAAUUAUUUUGGCACUUUUUCAAGCAUAUAUUUCAACGUUCUAGACUAGGAGAAAAGAUAAAUUUUCUCAAAAGUCAGUUGCAGCUUGUCCAGUCCUUGCCACUUAUACCAUCCUUUGAACAUUCUGAUACUUUUCUUGUUCCGUAUUGUGACUUGAAAAGAUUGAUACAUGUUGAUAGUUUUAGAAGUAAUCCUCUUCUUAUGGAAAUAUUUUCAAAGUUGGAUAUUCAACAAGUUGACAAUACUUAUUUCUUACAAGGUCAUAAUGACCAGUCUGAAAUACUUACAUUAUUGAUGGAUUUGAUUCCCAACCAACAAAAUCCAAAAGACGUUGCCAAAUGUCUACUCAUAAAUAUGAAAAAACUUGAGGGAUCUUGCAUGAAUACUGAUCACGCAAGAAAAAUACUUGAGUAUUUCAAUUAUACUUGCGGAUCUAUAGGCAGCGACAUUUACAUAUUACAAGAAUUGCCUCUUUUCGAGACCUAUACUGGAGAAUUAGUUCCUCUUUCCAAGUUUCGUGAAAGGAUCAUUUUGGACAAGAAUAUUCCAAGCGAUGGCUUGCAGAAACUAAGUGCACGAGCUGAUAGUUUGGUUCUUUUAAAGGAUACUGGUUAUCCACAGCUGUUCAAACGCCUGCAAAUAAAUGAAAAGUCAUGGGAAGAUUUGUAUGAACAGUAUAUCAUUCCGUAUCAGGAUUGUCUUGAAAGAGACGAAUUUUACAAACAUAUAGAGUUUUUAAGCACACAUAUAGUUUCUAAUCCAGAUCGUUUUAUAGACAUUCUAUCUUUGCUACAAAAUGCAGAAUUUGUUGAAACAACAGAUAGAAAGCGAGUACUUGUUUCUAAAUUAUUUGAUCCAUCAAAACCUAUUUUUAAGCUAAUGUGUGACGAAUCUGAACUUGUGCCUGAGAGUUUUAAAUCAAACGAAAAUAUAAUGAAGAUGUUUGAACUCAUUGGCUUACAGAAAAGCAUGACACUUCCCCUUUUCCUAAGAUUUGCAAAGCAUGUGGAGAAAAGCGAGAAGAUUAAUCCAAGAAUGACUGUUACCAUGUCGGAAAGUGUGUUGACCAAUCUGAUGCAUAUGAAGAAAAGCUUUUUUGACGAAAAUGAGUUCAACGAGCUCGCAACUAUUCGUUUUGUUACACCCUUUGUUGUAGACGAAAAUAUGUUGGCUAUUCACGAGCAGUUCAAUAUCACAAAGCUUAUAUGUUUCGAAGGAGCUGUCUUGAAUACGUCUAAAAAUAUAUCAUGGACGAUAUUAAACAUUCUGCCGCCGAAAGCUGAUCCAACGACCAAAAAUUUUGCAGAUAAAUUCACUAACAAAUUACGUAUUUGUAAACGCCCAUCGUCUGAUAAACUGAUUCAACACUGUAUAAAUGUUGGCAGGAAUCUAAGUGACAAGCGAGGCAUUUCAUCAAGACUGGACACGUCAACACUAUUGUCAGUCAUGGAAUCUAUUUAUCAACAAUUACAGGAAUACAUGACAAGUUGUGCUCUUACUUCAGAGCUAGUGAAGACUAUUGAAAAUGUGCCGAUUAUAUUUUCACAACAAUAUAGAUGUAUACAUCUAGCAAAGAGAGUAGUAAAUGUAUGUAAAGAGGAAGAAGUGAUACCACCAUACCUAAAUAAAUGUCCAAAUGAACUUGCAAAAUACCAUGAUUUAUUUUCGUUUUUAGGUGCACACAACGAGCUUGAUGCUGAUGUAUUUUCAAAAGUUUUAAACGACAUUGCAAGUGAAUGUGGCAUAUCCAAACCACUAUUGCCUAAAGAUUAUGCUGAUAGUCAAAAGGCAAUGGGCGCUUUUUUCAAAUACCUGAUCCAGCAAAAUGAAGACAUACCUUUUCAAAAUGGUCAGUUGAUUCUCCUUUGCAAGGAUGAGACCCUUGAGCCCUCAAAUAUGAUGGUACUGGCUAAUAACAAACAUUAUGAAUGCCAGCUUUCAAACAUUUCUUCCAAACAAAUCAAGUUCCUUUUCCCAAUUGAAAGGCUUCCUACCAACGUAAAAGUGGAAGACUGUAUUGAUAGCCUAAAAAGACUUCCACCAAAAUGGAGGCCGCAUUUAUUAACUGAUUUGAUUAAAGAAAGAGUUUGUUUGGAAGGAAUCGUGAAUAAAGACGUACAGGUAGCAAACGAAUUAGAACAAUUCAUACACAGUCCUUAUUUCAUCAAAGGAUUUAUCCGAUUAACCCGACACGUUAUUAGGUCAAAUAAUAUGAAAUGGAAUACAGAUGAAGAAGCCCGAUUAGCUUCAAAAAUAGGGGAAAUAACUUUCAAGCAUGCCUCUGGAAUCAAAACGAAUUUGUACCUGGCUUGUAUAAACAAUGAUGGGGAAAUAGGUGACGAAACGAUGAUAAGAAACACGGAAAAUACGAGAUCCGUUCAUUUGGAGAAAAGCAAGAAUGAAGAAGUUUGUGUUUACUUUGACUCGUCUGAUCAAAAGUGCUUCCAAACUCUAACUCGAGAAUUAACUUUGCACCUAAACAGUGUAGUCAACAAGUGUCUGAAAGAUGAAAGCAUGAUGAUUUUAAUGGACAUGAUUGGAUUGAAACACUCCCCUGAAGAUAUAGAAAACUUUCUAAGUAAAGAGAAAAUUGACGAAUACGAUAUUUCAAUUGAAAUAAAGGAAUCUCCUACUUAUCCUGUUCCCGGAACAUUUGUUCCAAAGUAUUUGCACGACUUUCUAGAUAAUGAUUAUGGCAUUAUUCAAGAUUACGAGUACAAGUUCAUCGCAUUUGAAGUGGAAGAUCCUGAUCUUAAUGAAGAUCAAGACAAAGAAGAAACAGAAGAAGAAUGUGAUGCAACAUACAUUUUUGUUCACAUAAAUAGAAAAUUAGAGCACCAAGACAGUACGUGUCCCCUACUUCAAGAAUAUGAAAUUAAUGACGGAACAGAAAUUCCUCGUAUUGUAAAGGCGUAUCAACUAUUCAAGUUUGUGCGUAAUAGGGCUGUGAAAAGUACAGAAAUUACGGUAUACGACGGCAAAGAUAAUUUAAGGUCACAGCCAAACGUAUCAUUAAAAGAUGCAAGAAAAGAAGUAAGAAAUAUUCUACAAGAAGCAUGGUCAAAAGAAGGAACAGAAAGACGACGAAUUAUAAAAAGGCUGCUUCUCAGGUGGCAUCCAGAUAAAAAUCACGGUAAUGAAAAUAUUUGCACAAAAGUAUUUCAAUAUAUACAGCAAUGUCUUUCUCGUCUUGAAAAGGGACAGGAAUUGAUUGAUGAUGACGAUGAGGACAGUGCUGAUUCUCAAUGGUCUUCUGGUGGCAGCAGUUCAUCGGGACAGUGGACUUCAUGGUCUAAUAGAUAUUGGAGUAGAUAUCGUAGAGGUUGGAAAAAUAAAACAAGAUAUAAGAGACCUUUCAAUAACUUUGAUGAUUUCACGUUCUCUAGGGGGACUAAUGAAACUGAGGAAGAACCGUAUCACUGGGAUUCUGAGGCUCGUCGCUGGAUUAGACAAGCGGAGUCAGACAUAUGUAACGCAGAAUUGUCAUUUCAACACGCCAACGGUCAAUCUAAUAAUUGGAUAUGCUAUAAAGCUCAUCAGGCUGCUGAAAAAUCUUUGAAAGCUGCUUGGUAUGCGAAAAAUGCAAACAAAAUACGAAGAAUAAAAUACAGUCACAAUCUAACUGCUUUAGCAUCAGGGCUCGACGCUAGCAUCAGUGUGAUGGCACAGAGAUUAUCAGCUAAAGCCGGAGAUCAUUCUAAAAUGAGAUACCCAGAUAUGUAUAGUGGUCAGCAGAUACCAGCAGAUGCAUACACAAGAGAGACCGCUGAAGAAGUUAUGAGUAUUUCUAGAGAAAUAAUUAACGCAGUGAAAGAUAAACAUAUCAAAUAAUCAGAAAUCUGAUAUAUAUAAUUUUUUUCAUAUAAUGCUUUCUUGCUUCAUUAACAAACAUUAGACAGGAAUCCAAAAUAUUUUAUUUUUUAGAAUAACAAUUCUUCAGUUUUGCUCUGAAAAGAAUGUGAUACCUGUUGAAAUAUGCGUUGAAAUGAAUGUUGAAGUCAGUUAGUGCAUCUGAUUCAUGCUUACUAUUAGUGUCGCCAUUCAGCAAUGUAGAAUCAAGUAAUUUCAUUGGAAGUAGCUUUGUAUUGUCGAAUUUGUGUAUGUACUGAAAGAUACGUCAAUACCAAGUAUAUGUGUAUUGUCGAAUUAGUGUACAUAUUGAAAGAUACAUUUGUCGAAUUUGUGUACAUAUUGAAAGAUACGUUAAUACAAAGUCAAGUGUAUUGUCGAAUUUGUGUACAUUUUGAAAAAUACUUAAGUUGCAGGUGUGUUGUCGAAUUAGUGUACAUAUUGAAAGAUACUUUAAAAAGGAAUGUUACACUAAAAUCAUCACAUAAAGUGUUUUAAUGUAUGGAAUAUUUUUACAUAGUUCACAUACUGUUUAUUCUUUCAAAUUACCGCGUGAAAACAACAUAGUUGUAUAUAGCUAUAGGUGAACAUGGGCAUAUAGCAUGUUGGGUUAAGAAAAGAUAAAGUGUUUACAAACAAUUUGAUUAUUGAAGAAUAGUACAUGGAGUAAACAUAAUGUGUACAUAUUGUAUGUUUGUUUAUGAGUGACAUUUGUAUAUUAUGCUGACAUAUGAUUACAUAUUUCUGGUGUAAAUAUUGUAUGUUGGUUUUCGAAUGAAUGAAUUAUAUGUACGCAUGUCGAAAUUUGUUGAAUUAAGUUGUGCAUUGUGUGCAUAUUGGAAUGUUCAUUUGAUCAAUUUUGUUUGUAUAAGUACACUCCGUUUGUAUCAUUAUAUUUUGUUUGUAUGAGUGUAUAGUUAAAGAAAAUGACUACCUUAUUAUAAGUUGAGUUGUAAAUACAAAUUAAUGACAUAAAUAGUUACAGAAUGUACACAAAUAAUAUAAAUGGUGUUUGCUGAAUUGUUAUUGAAUAUGGAGUUGAAGUGAUAAGAUGUAUGCGUUGACUGGCUAAUUAUAAAAUGUAUUUUUUUUGUAAUAUUUAAAAUUGUAAGUAGUUUUUAAAAAAUUAUUUGAUGUACAUAUGGAAUUAAAAACAUACAACAAUGGAUGCCUGUUUUAAAAUGCAAGACUUUUUUGUUCAUAGUAUAAGAACAUGAUUUGUUUUUAGUAAAUACAUUGUUUUUUAUGUUUUUUCGCUUUGUUUUUUUUUAUGUUAUAUAUAUAUUCAUAUAAUAAAAUGCAUGUAUGAGGGCUGACCCACAAACUUAUAGACUAUCACUGCAAAACAAAAAUAUAAGUCCAAGCCUAAAAUAAUUUUGCCAAAGUGCAUUGUGUUACCAGGUUAUAAGUUAUUUUAUGUUCUCAAAAUGAAAUGGCAUUGUGCUGGGGGUUUUUCUGCAUGUACACUCAGCAUUGGCAUAUUAAAUAUUUUCAUUUUCAAAACGCCCGCUGCGUAUUUUGUUUUCAUACGUUGCUUUGGACAGCCCUGGUAUACAAUAUGAUGGCUUUUAGGGAUGUCAGUGAACAUGCUAAGAUGUAUAUUUUUUUUUUGUAUAUUUGUUUGUUUCUAAUAAUGAAGAAUAUUUUACAUUUUGGGUUGUAUUGCCUGAGACUUUUAUGUUUUUGUAUGUAUAUAUAUAUAUAUAUUUUGUACCUGUACAUGUAUAUAUCUUUUCUUUUUUUCUACAACAGUUUGAUGAUUGAUAGUUAUACAAUACAAUUAAUGUACCAACUGCAAGUACAUAUUUCUACACCGUAUUGUUAAACAUAUUUCUUUAUUUAGAAAUUAACCAGGUUCAACUUGGUCAAACCUAAAGUUUUCACUUGUUGAUUUGUAAUCUCCUUCUAAAAGUAAGGUGAUGUGCCUUCAUUUUGAAUAUUUCUUUGUGCAUUUAUGUGAUUAUGACCAUAUGAAAAUGGUACUUGAUAUAUUGGUUCUUAUUUUUCUGGCAUGUGACAUAUUUAAUUAAACGUUUAAACAUUGGCAUGUUGAUAAGGCCAUAUUACAGAACAUGUGUUGUUUAGCAGGAUACAUUUGUGUGAUAACGUUUUGCAUCCUCAUUGAUGAUUAUAGGAUGAUUUUUUUCUAGAUAACAGACAAUGUCUUUUCCUUACAAUGUCUGUGGGACUUCAUUAUGUUUGUACAUAAUCAAUUCUGUUGUUAUUUUUGUUGUUACUUUUGGAAAUAAUUGAAUAUUUGUACAUAUAAGUAGUUAACAUUGGUUUAUAUUUGUUACUGUAGAUAAUCCAUGUGCAUAAUCACCGUUUAAUUUCUGUUUUGAGGUUACAUUUUGUUUGUACAUACUCAUUCUUGUAUAUUUUUUUGUUUAUUUGUUGAUGUUGUUGUGUGUGCGUACGCGUGCGUGUGUGGGUUUUUCGGGGUAUUUUUUUUCGGGGGGGGGGGGGGGGGGGUUGAGAUCAUAGAAUAUUUGUACACUUAUAAUUGUUUUUAAUUGUCUUUGGAGAUGUUUCUUACUGUAUAUGAUCAUCAUUGGUUUAUGCAUGUUUUCGGAGAUGAAUGUACCAUACAAAAGUACAGUAUGUGUACUAAUCUUUUUUGAGAAAACUGACUAUUUCACAUUAAUCAUCGUUGGUUAAAAUGUUUUUGGAUCGCGGAAUGCAUCUUUGGUUUUCAAAUGCAAAUAUUUGGCGUUCAUACGGUAUUUGUACAUAGUAUAUGCUGAUUUAGAAAAUGUGACGGAUUGUUUGUAAAAAGAUGUAAUUGUGAUUAGUUUUUAAGAUGUAACUGUAGUGAUACCAUUUGAGCCGCGUCACGACAAAACCAAUAUAAUGGUUUUGCGAACAGCAUGGAUCCAGACCGCAGUCUGAUCAGGAUCCAUGCUGUUCGCUUACAAACCCUAUUACAAGUAGAGAAACUGAUAGCGAAGAGCAUGGAUCCUGAUCAGACUGCGCGGAUGCGCAGGCUGGUCUGGAUCCAUGCUGGUCGCAAAACCAUUAUGUUGGUUUUGUAAUGACACGGCUCAUUUAUUUUGUUAAUAGUAUUUGAUUGUUUUAAGGGUAACUCUCUCGAUACCAGAAUGUUUGUGUACAUGUACAUACUCACUCACUGUUGGUUAAAUUAAUGGGCUUUUUUGGAGUUAAAUUAAUGCUUGUACACUAGAUCCGUUGCUUUCCAACAUCUUAAAUACCGGAAUAAAUUAUGUAUUUAUAGGGUACUUAACAUUUAUGUGUACAAUAUGGAAAUAUAUUUUGAUGAGUACUCAGCUGGCGAAAUAAUAUUGGACGAGCCAUCUGGGGAGUGUAAUAUGGUGUAUUUACCCGUUUUGUAAUAGUUUAAUGCUUCAUAACCUUUUUACUCUGUAUACAAAUUAUAUUAUGGAAAUUCGACUUAAUAUUGUUAAGGUUUGACGUUGGAAAACGCUUGCAGCGCGUUAAGUGGAAUUCAUUCGGAUACUUAUGCCGUUAUUGGCGUUACAUGGAAACAUUUAAACACACUUAAUUGUCCAAUAUAGGAUUAUUACUUUGAACGUUACGGUGAUUAUGUAUGAUUAGAUAUAUAAACUAUGUAACUUGUGUAAAUAUUAAUACGUAUAAAUUUUUACUAUGCCAUUUAUUUUUUGUUUGUUGGUACGUUUAUGAAAAGAAUAUUUUUAGCCUGUUAUUUACACUAAAUUUAAUAUGACUUUAUUAUAUGUAAUAUUUUCUUUGUAUGUAAACGUUUCUUAUAUGCAACAAAAGCAUGUAAUUGAUGUUGUUUUAUAUGAUGAAGAUGAUGAUGGCGAUGAUGAUGAUGAAUACUACAUAUAAUUAUAGAUGUAUUUUUGUAAUAAUUGUCAAGUAUUUUUUUAUUCAAUUUCUUAAAUUUUGAAUUAUUUAGAUAGCCAAAUUAUAUUUAAAACACAAGAUGCACUUAUGAGGUCGUUGGUUAAUAUUAUAUAGGAGAAAACUUACAUUGCCAAGUGGUCAACGUUGCUGAAACCUUUGUUUAUUCAUAUGAAGCAACUUUCCAUUAAGCAUAUAAAUAUUGUUGGUAUGCCUUUUGCGGCUUGUUUAUAGUGAUUUACCUCACAAUUCUUGGAGUUUUACCUCUGAUUUCUUGUGGUUUAAUACAAAAUGUAUCUGAGCUACUAAUAGCUGUAUAGAACCUGAUUCUAUACUUGUUGCCAGGGGUAACCACUUUUAAGUAUCCAGUAGGUUACGGGUUAAUCUCACUGUAUAAAACUUGUUUUCUGUCUUUGACUCCAGAUGUGGUCAAUUUAAACCAUAGCCCCACCCCCCACCACCCACUACUCACAAAGAUUUUAGGCUCAAGAUAAUUUUUUUAAAAAAAUUUCUCCAUUGCUUAUCGUCAUAAAUUAAAUAUCUAAUAUUAACUUGAUAAAACUGGACUUGAAAUAGCAUGUUUAUGAAAGUUUAAGAAUAAAUUAAUUGUUAUUUUUGCAAGAUAUGAACAUCUUACAGUUGAUCAAAAUAUUGAUCUUGUUAUAAAUAAUAUGUAUUGUAAUAUUUCAUAUUUAUUAUGUAUCUACACAUAGUAACUUAAUAACAUCAUACAAUAAUCAAAUAACAUUUGCAGUAGAAAAUCAAAUUGUUUAUGAAUAUAUAUAUAUAUUUAGGUAUACAUUUGUAUCUUAUAUGCCAUUGAUUUUACAUGGUGAAUGUUUACAUUGAUUCAAUGUAAAAAAAAAUAAAUUUACAUUAACAUCGUAACAAUGAUGUAUACUAACAACAUUGGAGACUGCAUUUGUUUUACAUUGAUUCAAUGAACAGUGUAUCUAUGAUGUAUAACAUUGAUUCAUCAUAGAGAGUUGGAGUGAUAUUUUACAUUGAUUCAAUGUAAAAGAAAGUUUACAUUAACAUCGUAUCUAUGAUGUUUAACAUUAUUUCAUCAAAGAGAGUAUGUUUUACAUUGAUUCAUUUUUUUAAUCAGGAUAUGAACAUGUAUUUUUGGAUACAUGAACAUGUUUUGAAAUAAUUAAUACUUGAUAAACAAAGGAUGAAGUUAUAAAUAUUACCAUAGUAUUGCAAAUGCGUAAUACUGAUGCAAUAAAGCAUAAUUGAUAUAAUUUAUGCAAGUGUAUUAUGUAGAUACGUGAUAAGCACAUGGUAGUGUAAAUGUUUUAAUCUUGUUUCAUUAUAUGCACGUUUUUCAUAUUGAUUCAAGAUAUAUGCAUGUUUUGUAUCAAUACUUGAUAUAUACAGGUUUUAAAUCGAUACAUGAUAUAUAUACAUGUUAUUAUAUAUCAAUACUUGAUAUAUACAUGUUAUAUAUCGAUACUUGAUAUAUACAUGUUAUUAUAUGUCGAUACUUGAUAUUUACAUGUGUUUAUAUCGAUACAUGACAUACGCAGGUUUUUAUAUCGAUGCAUGAUAUAUAAAUGUUUUAUACUGAUACAUGAUAUAUACAUCAUGUACAUGUUUUAUAUCGAUGCAUGAUAUAUGAAAUGUUGUAUAUUGAUAUAUGAUAUAUGCAUGUUUAUAUCAACUUGAUCAAUACAUAAUAGAUAU